CGCGGAUCGAAUCUUAUAUCCAUCCGAUCAUCAUUUUGAGCACCAACACAUAAACGGCAAGGAUCCACCCCCCCUUCCACAACUCCCACAAACCGUCAGCUAUAUAAUCACCAAAUCUCGUUACCCUUUUCAUCAAAAUAAUCCAAAUCAAAGAGCACUUUCCUCAAUUUCAAAUUCAAAAUCUCUUUGAGAAAAUGUCGGGCAGAGGCAAGGGAGGCAAAGGAUUGGGCAAAGGAGGAGCCAAGAGGCACAGGAAGGUACUAAGGGACAACAUCCAAGGAAUCACAAAGCCAGCAAUUCGUAGACUCGCUCGUAGAGGUGGUGUGAAGCGUAUUUCUGGAUUAAUUUAUGAAGAGACUCGUGGUGUUCUGAAGAUCUUUUUGGAGAAUGUGAUUCGUGAUUCAGUGACAUACACAGAGCACGCUAGGAG